AUGGAAUCAAUGGAACUGGAUGCAAUGCUCGAUGGUGAACAGUUAGCUAACAAUUCUCGCUUACGAAAACGAAAUGCUGGUAUAUGGCAAUCAAGAUGGGUUCGCGCUGGUGUUGGUUGUCUCUUUCUUGCUCUUAUUUCCUUGGCAGGUGCUAUAACGGUAUUGAAGUUAAUACCAAAUACAAAUAAAGAAACUACUGCAAUAGAAAAAAAAGACGAGAUACAAGAAAUGGUCUUUAAGAUUACCCUGUCGACAGACCACGUCCCAAAUAACAACAAUCAACCGUUCGACGUCAAGAAUGCUGAUGCUAUUGCAAACGAAUUAACAAGCAAAUUAAGUGGCAAAACACUUCGUGUGCUUGGUGGUCUGGUUCGCAACGAAGAAGAUUCGAAAAAAACAAGCUGUGACGACACUCUAUCUAGCCAUAUUCUCGAACUGAGCUUAGUUCCUGCCUUUGCAGGCCAAUCUGACGAUCAAUCUAUUGAAAUAAACGUAAAACUAUGUCAAGUUGAAGCUGUAGAUGAUUAUCGUCGUGAACCUGUAGCAACAGCAGCACCCUCACCACAGAGACCAAGACGAAAACGAACAACAACAACAAUACCCGUCGAAGAGCCCGUUGCAUUACGAGCUGACGUACCGUUAGAAUCGCCAGUAGCGGCAACCACAAAAAUCCCAAGAGCAGCAUUAGCAUGGAGAAAUGCUCCGGCGAGAACUCGAUACAAUCUAACAUACAAACAAGAUCCAUAUGCCUCAUCAAGAAAAAGUACUUGCGCUCUAUGUCUCAAUAGAAUAGGUCUCGUUCAAAUGGAUGGUGAUCACGGUUCGGAUAUUCAAGAUGAUUUUCGAAGCUAUUCAAAUAACGGUCAAUAUCAUCGCGCCUUCAUCCUGACAGUAAUUGAAGGUUCAACCCACAAACUACAUCUCCAACUCAAUUGCGGCGGACAUUUGGGUGAUCAAUCAGCCGAUAGUCCCUGCAGUAGUUCGCUAAGUGCACAUGUCUGGAUCGAUUUUAACGAUAAUGAACAUGAUGAUAGUGAAAGUCGUCUAUUACAUAGAUCCUGGCCAACUGAUGGUACACCGACUGGUACAUAUGAUCUGAACAUUUACAUACCUGUCAUCGAUGACUUCAGCACAAGAGUUGGUCCACACAACAUGAUAAUUACUGUUGCGCCAAGUUAUGAAUAUCAAACAGAAUGUGGUGCUAUGGAUUACAAAGAACAACGAAGCUAUUCGGUAAACGUCGUACGAAAAGCUAGACACCCAGUGAUCCCACAAACAACUCCGUACAUCUAUAUAAAUCCAAUAUGUUCAGUCGAUUUUGGUAAAAUAAUUGUUGUGCUUAUGGCUGGCGAAAAAGGCACAGAGAUCCGAGACGAUCUGCUCAAGAACAGUUUGUCAAACUACCAACGAAAUCAACACCAUCUAGGUGUUACUCUUUUCGAACACACAAUCUACUUGUUACGCAUUCAAUUAGACUGUACCUCGCAGUUGAGAACUGAACUAACUGAAACUGGAUGCAAUUUAGCACAAGACGUCAACAUCUUCCUAGACUUGAAUGAUGAUGGUCGCUACGAGUCAUCCGAAAUCGGCACACCAUAUCGGUGGCCUGUAACUAGUUACCUGCCAGAUGGCAUAUAUGACAUGCAACUGCAUGUACCUUAUCUGAACAGCCAAUAUGUAACAUCUCGUCAACAUCGUAUGCGAAUCGUUGUUACGCCAACACCAAACAUCUAUGAAGCUACACAUGUAUCCUACGAUAAUAUCACCUGUACACCAGAAGUCGGUAAAAUAAUUCUCGUCGUUAUGGGCGGAGAGCAUCGCACUCAGAUUCGUGACGACCCAUCAACGAACGCUCUAUUGGAAACUAGCGAUGAAUAUCAACAGCACUUAUCCAUCAUGCUUCGUGAAGGUGUCACUUACUUACUUCGUCUGCAAUUCGAAUGCGGUGGACAUCGAUAUCGAAAUUCACCGGACUACAUGUGCAAACUCCCGCACGAGGUCAGUGCAUGGGUGGACUUAAACGACGAUGGUCAUUACGACGAACCUGAAAGUGCAACACCCUACAGAUGGCCAUUGACGAGCUACUUACCGCAAGGAAUCUACGAUCUUCAAAUUGUUGUACCUAUAAUCGAUGAUCGAAAGAUCAAGAGCGGACCUCAUCGAAUGAAAUUAGUGGUAACCUUGAACGAACAAUAUCGAAGAAAAUGUAACAUCUAUGAUUACCAAGAAACCAAGUUUUAUACCGUUACGAUUGUUUCGCAUACUGCAACUUCAAGUGAGCUUGGUGGUCCAUAUUUGAGAUUAAGUGAUCGAGUGUGCAGUCAAAGUCAUGGUCGCAUUGUGCUUGUCAUCAUGGCAGAGAACACCAAUUAUCGCAUUCGUAUACAACUCGAUUGCGAACUGAUUUCUAGUCGUGGUCCAUUGAGAAGCGACUGUAACUUGGCUCAAGAUGUCAAUAUUCUAAUCGAUCAGAAUAAUGACAAUAAAUUUGACGAAUUCGAAACAGUUACACCACAUAGAUGA